AUGCACAAAGAUAAGAAAAAACUUAGAAGACUGCUAAAGUACAUGUUUUUCCGAGACUACAAAUCAAAGAUUGUCAAAGGCAUCGACAAGGAUGAUCUUCUGGAAGACAAAUUGAGUGUCAGUAAUAAUGUGAACAAAAGACAAAAAAUCGCACAAGACUUUCUCAACUUUAUUGACCAAUCAGGAGAAUUCUUGGCAAUGUUUGAAGAUGAUGAAAUUGAUGAAGUUAAACAAGAAAGAAUGGAGAGAGCAGAAAGACAAACUAGAAUUAUGGAUUCAGCUCAAUAUGCAGAAUUCUGUGAAAGUAGGCAAUUAAGUUUCUCCAGAAAAGCCUCCAAAUUUCGAGACUGGUUGGACUGCAGCAGUAUGGAGAUAAAGCCCAAUGUUGUCGCUAUGGAAAUUUUAGCAUAUUUAGCGUACGAAACUAUGGCACAGUUAGUGGAUCUGGCUCUUCUCAUGAGGCAGGACGUGGUAACCAAGGCAGGAGACCCCUUCAGCCAUGCCAUUUCUGCCACCUUCAUCCAGUAUCACAGCUCUGCUGAGGGAUCUUGCCUGAGCACCGCGGCCUGUGGUGUCGAGGCUCACAGCAAUGCCAUCCAGCCCUGUCACAUCAGAGAGGCAGUUUGA